AUGCAAAUCCUCUCUAGCAUUACUCGCUUUUUACAGAUCCUCUUCAGCGUCGUUGUUCUGGGGCUCUCUAUCAGCCUGGCAAGACAUCAAAAGUAUGGAAAGGUCCCAUCUCAGACAAGCUACGCUGCUUUUACUGGGGCACUCGGUAUCAUUGCCUCGGUCAUUGGUAUUGUCUCUCUCUUCGUCGACCGUUUAAGAGGAGUCCUUACCUGGGUUCUUGAUGGUGUUACCUGUAUUGCCCUCUUAGCCGCGGGCGUGGCUUUCUCGGUUGCCCUCAAGGGUGUUGACUGCAACAAUACGUCGACCGAUGGGCCCACUUGGGAUAACCCCAUCAUCAGCGGGGGCUGCUAUAAAGACGGGGAUACCAAGUGGUGCGCUGACAAGCACAAAGUGCAUAGCCGUUGCGUUAGGGCCGAGGCUGAUGCUGCGUUUAUGUUCCUUGCCUUCCUUGCUUGUAUCGGUGUACUUGUCGUUUCUUUCCUGACCCGUCGAAACUAA